AUGGUAGCUGGUAAGGUCCGUGUAACCAUGGGGUUUCACAAAUCUCCUUCAACUAAACCGAAAGACACUCCCCCUCCACCUCCUCCACCACUUAAACCACCUCCCGGUCCAUCUGGUAAACCGUCAAAUCCCGGUUCUAAUCAGAAACCAGGUUUCACCCGCUCAUUCGGCGUUUACUUCCCACGCGCUUCCGCUCAAGUACACAACGCCUCCUCUCGCUCCGACCAAAACGCAGUCGUUUCGGAGCUCCGUCGUCAGGUGGAGGAGCUCCGCGAGAGAGAAGCUCUUCUGAAGACUGAAGUCCUCGAGCUCAAGCUCCUCAGAGAAUCCGUCUCCGUCAUCCCUCUCCUCGAGUCCCGGAUCGUCGAGAAGAACGGCGAAAUCGAGGAAUUUAGAAGAGAGACGGAGAGAUUAGCGGAGGAGAACGAGAGACUACGGCGAGAGAUCGAGAGGAGCGAGAAGGAGAUGGAGGAGCUUCGGAAAGUAGUGUCGAGUGAAGAACACGCGCUCUCUGGGUCUCAGAGGUUUCAGGGUUUAAUGGACGCGUCGGCGAAAUCGAGUUUGAUCAGGAGCUUGAAACGGGUCGGGUCGAUUAAAAACGUACCCGACCCGGUUCCGAACCAAGAGAGCAGCAAGAAAGAGGAGAUCGAGUGUCAUUUAAUGAGUAACUCAGAGGAACUUAAUGAGUCAUCAUCACUCUCAGCCGUUAGAUCUAGGGUUCCUAGAGUCCCUAAACCACCGCCCAAACGGUCUUUUUCAUCUAACGGCUCAGGUGAUUCCACAGAGAAUCAGCCACGGCAGAGAACCAAUCCUCCACCUCCUCCGCCUCCACCUCCACCACCGUCGACACUUUUUCAACGACCUCCUCCUCCGUCUGUCUCCAAAGCUCCACCUCCGCCUCCACCACCGCCUCCGCCGAAGAGUUUAAACAUAGCGUCGGCGAAAGUGAGAAGAGUACCUGAAGUAGUGGAGUUUUAUCACUCGUUGAUGCGGAGAGACUCCACUAACUCGAGAAGAGAUUCCACCGGCGGUGGCAACGCCGCCGCGGAGGCGGUACUCGCUAGCUCCAAUGCUAGAGACAUGAUCGGAGAAAUCGAAAACCGAUCGGUUUAUCUCCUAGCGAUAAAAACCGACGUAGAAACGCAAGGAGACUUCAUAAGGUUUCUGAUAAAGGAAGUCGAAAACGCAGCGUUUUCCGACAUAGAAGACGUGGUGCCUUUCGUGAAAUGGCUCGACGACGAGCUCUCUUACUUAGUCGACGAGAGAGCAGUGUUGAAACACUUCGAAUGGCCGGAGCAAAAAGCAGACGCGUUGCGUGAAGCAGCGUUUUGUUAUUUCGAUCUGAAGAAACUCAUUUCGGAAGCUUCUCGUUUCCGGGAAGAUCCUCGCCAAUCUUCAGGCUCUGCUCUUAAGAAAAUGCAAGCUUUGUUCGAAAAGUUAGAGCAUGGUGUUUAUAGUCUGUCGAGGAUGAAGGAAUCAGCUGCGACAAAGUUCAAGACUUUCCAGAUUCCGGUUGAUUGGAUGCUAGAAACCGGUAUUACUGGUCAGAUUAAAUUGGCGUCCGUGAAACUAGCAAUGAAGUAUAUGAAGAGAGUAUCUGCAGAGCUCGAAGCCACUGGAGGCGGUGGCCCUGAAGAGGAAGAGCUUAUCGUUCAAGGCGUCAGAUUCGCUUUCCGUGUUCAUCAGUUCGCAGGAGGAUUUGAUGCAGAGACAAUGAGGGCAUUCGAAGAGCUAAGAGAUAAAGCGAGAUCAUGUCAUAUUCAAUGUCAAAGCCAAACACAUCAACACAAGCUUGUUUUUCGCUCUACCCUUAGUUGA